CGGGGCGGUCCGUCUCGGGGCGCUCGGAGGUCCCCAGCUCAGCAGCGGUGCGUGAGCCGCAGCCGGCCCCUGGCGCUCCAAUCUGAAGACCAGAUUCUCCACUGGCCCCCGGAGCAUGCUCACCCUCCUGCCCAAUGAUCCUCUUGCAGCACACUGGACUUCCUCCCCCUGAGCAGCUCUCACCCCCUCUUCCUAUGUCAGUGGUCACCAGGUCAAGAACCAACUUUCUGCUGUCCCCGCAGAGACCUCUGGGGCUGGAGGCCACUUUGCCCUUGGCCAGGGCACAGGAGCUCACUAGAGCUGGGGCCUCGGAGCAGGAUUUUGCACUGGAGGAGCUAUGUAGGCCCUUGUACUGUAAACUUUGUAAUGUCACCUUGAAUUCAGCCCAGCAGGCUCAAGCUCAUUAUCAGGGUAAAAAUCAUAGUAAGAAACUCCGGAAUUACUAUGCGGCAAGUAGCUGUCCACCCUCUACCAGAAUGAGCCAUGUAGUGGAGCCCGUCCCCCCUCCUGUCGUGCCAGCUUCCCCCCAGGUGGACAUCUCCAAGCCUGGCAGCAGAGUGAUCAGGGCCACAGAGAAUGAUUACUGUAAGCUCUGUGAUGCUUCCUUUAGUUCCCUUGCUGUGGCCCAGGCUCACUACAAAGGGAAGAAUCACGCUAAGAGGACAAGACUGGUGGAGGCCCAGAACAACCUGUCCUUGGAUUCAUCAGAGGCAAGUCAACGGAGGACCCGGAAAGAAGGGAAUGAAUAUAAAAUGAUGCAGAAUAGGAGGAAUGCAUAUGCUCUUCAAAAUAAUACAGGGCCUUACUUCAAUCCUCGAUCUCGACAGUGGAUUCCCCGUGACCUUGCCAUGUGUGUCACCCCCAGCGGCCAGUUUUACUGCUCCAUGUGUAAUGCCGGGGCUGGUGAAGAGAUGGAAUUUAGGCAGCAUUUAGAAAGUAAACAGCACAAGAGCAAGGUGUCUGAGCAGCGGUACAGGAAUGAGAUGGAGAAUCUGGGAUACUUAUAGUGAAGCCCAUUGCUGAUUGUCAUUUCAGAUAAAGCACUUUGUCUUGCCUGCUUCUUUUGCCUUCUGUCAACCUGUCCUGCUUUGUGGCCAUUUUUGACAUGAUUACAUGCCUCUGCUUCCAUGUAGAUAUCUAUAAACCUAAUGGUACCUUGAGGCGUUAAAAUCUGAUUCAAAAAGAAUGAGCUUUUUGGGUCAUGAUGGGUUUUCAGGUUAGUUUUAUUUAGCUAAUCUUCAGAAGGCACGUGGCCUUACCGUAUGGAAAGUAGCUUUGGAAACUGACUAGAUGGAGGGAAGUGUAGGUUUCAGUUCUCCAUGCCUUUACGUGGGCUACCAUCUUGGUGCAGUAUGACUAGGACGAUUGGUACAAAUGGCUUCAGAGUCUUUCCUGACACUUUAAUUCCUUCUAUAAUGUGAUCUCUUAAUAGAACUACAAGGGUCUGUCCACUGUGUGAAUUUCAUUACACUCCAACACAUCUGAUCCACCCUCCUUGUGGCCAGGCUUCAUUUCCAGUUUCUGAUCUCUGUCUGCCUUCAUCCUCUCUACCACUACCUUCUGCUUCAUAGAUACAUACUUUUCAAUUCUAAUCAGCUUGUUUUUAUGUAGUUCCCAGCUGUGCUGUGGGUAUUUUGAGGUUAAAACAACUCUUAAUAACCUCUGAGCUUUUUAAAAAUGAUAAAGUGUGUAUACAAAAGAUGGUUUCAGAAAAUAGGCAAAAUUUUGAUUAGUUUUCAAUCCAAGGAUUGUAUUAUGUUGUGUAAUAAUAUGCACUUAUGUGGGAGUUCCUGGCCAUAAGAUUUGGGCUAUUUCACAGAUGUUAUGAACAAUUUCAUGCUCACUCUCUAUAUUUGCUAGGCUGGACCUACUCAAUGUUCUAAGGGAUACCCAUUAUGUUUUGUUCUUUAAAUAAAGUAGGAUAAAAAAAAUGUA